AGUUCACAAAGCUCCAAUAGGCGCUGCAACUUCUUUUUGAAUCAAUUCAACAUGCUCUUAACAACCAAACCCACAACAAUCUUUACAUCACCAAUUCACCAUUUUCAAACUCAAAAAAAUCUCCUGAUUCCACACAAGAAAUUCAAACUUUAUUCCAAACCAACUUCAAUUUCUUCACAGUUUUUAUCACCAACAACAAUUCCAUCUAAUAAUCAACUUAAACCUCAAAAUGUUGAUAUUUCAAGAUUUUGUGACAUGGGUAAUCUUCAAAAAGCCAUGAAUUUGAUUCUUAAGUAUGAAAAAUCCAAUCUUGAUUUGAAAACUUAUUGUAACUUGCUACAACUUUGUGCUGACUUAAAAUCUUUAGAUAAUGGGUAUAAAGUAUAUAACUUUAUAUGUUUAAAUGGUAUUGAAAUUGAUUAUAUUUUAGGCUCAAAACUUGUGUUUAUGUUUGUUAGUUGUGGGGAUUUGAGACAAGGAAGGCGAAUUUUCGAUAAUAUUUUCGAUGAUGGUUUGGAUGAUUUUGUGAAAGAAAAUGUGUUUCUUUGGAAUUUUAUGAUGAAUGCAUAUGCAAAGAUUGGUGAGUAUGAAAAGAGUGUGAGUUUGUUUAUAAAAAUGAUGGAAAUGGGAUUUGAACCUGAUGGUUAUACAUUUAGUUGUGUUUUUAAGUGUUGUGGGGCACUUAGGGAUGGAAAUUUAGGGGAAAUGGUUCAUGGGUGUGUGUUGAAAUUCGGGUUUGGAGGUGAUAGUAGUGUGGUGAAUUCUAUAAUUGCGUUGUGUUUUAAGUGUGGAAAUAUUGGUAAUGCGCGUAAGUUGUUUGAUAGUUGGCCUGACCGAGACGUUAUUACUUGGAAUAGUAUGAUUAGUGGUUAUGUGGCUAAUGGUUUUUCCGAGAAAGGGUUUGAGGUUUUUUUAAAGAUGCUUGGUGAUGGGGUUAGUGUGGAUGUGGCGACAAUGGUUAGUGUUGUGGUGGCGUGUGCGAAUAUAGGUGUGAUUAGUGUUGGUAGAAUGGUUCAUGGGUAUGCAGUGAAAGCCGGAUUUAGUAAGGAAAUGAAGUUUAGUAACACGUUACUUGAUAUGUAUUCAAAAUGCGGCGAUAUGGAUGUUGCAUUGAAAGUAUUUGAGGGUAUGGAUGAAAGAAGUGUCGUUGCUUGGACUUCAAUGAUUGCUGGAUUUGUAAGAGGAAGUGAACCCGAUAAGGCGAUCAGUUUGUUUCUUGAUAUGAAAAAGGAAGGUGUUAAACCAGAUACUUUUACUGUCACGAGCAUCUUGCAUGCUUGUGCUUCAUAUGGUUCGUUAGAAAAAGGGAAGGAAGUGCACAGUUAUAUUAAAGAGAACAAAUUGCAGUCUUUACAGGUUUCUAAUGCACUUAUGGACAUGUAUGCUAAAUGUGGAAGCAUGGAUGAUUCGUAUUCUGUUUUCUCAGAAAUGGCUUAUAAAGAUAUGGUGUCAUGGAAUACCAUGAUUGGAGGUUACUCAAGGAACUGUCUUCCAAGUGAAGCACUAGAUUUUUUUAUAAAAAUGCAAUGUGAAAUGAAAGCAGAUAAUGUAACUAUGACAUGUAUUCUUCCUGUCUGUGUGAGCCUGGCAGGUUUAAACAAAGGUCGGGAAAUCCACGGGUACAUUUUGAGAAAUGGGUUGCUUUCGGAUCAAUACAUUAUCAAUGCACUUAUUGACAUGUAUGUUAAGUGUGGCGGGUUAGUUCUAGCAGAAACACUGUUUGGUAUGACCGUUAGGAAGAAUCUAGUCACAUGGACGGUUAUGAUUGCUGGAUAUUGCAUGCAAGGAUUUGGGCAACAAGCUUUGUUGACCUUUAAAAAGAUGCGUGAAAAAGGUAUCGACCCUAAUGAAGCUUCGUUUGUUUCUAUACUGUAUGCUUGUAGUCAUUCAGGGCUGAUUGAAGAAGGUUGGAGAUUCUAUAACUUAAUGGUAAAUGACUGCAAGAUGGAACCAAAGUUAGAACAUUAUAGUUGUAUGGUAGAUCUUCUAUCUCGAGCAGGAAAACUAUCAGAAGCAUAUAACUUUAUUAACACGAUGCCUAUUAAACCAGAUGCCACUAUCUGGGGUUUAUUACUGUCUGGUUGUAGAUUCCACCAUGACGUGAAACUAGCUGAAAAGGUUGCCGACAAAAUUCUUGAAUUAGAACCAGAAAACACGGAAUAUUAUGUGCUCCUGGCUACUAUAUACUCUGAAACAGAGAAAUGGGAAGAAGUGAAAAGGUUAAAAGGUAGAAUGCGAAAGAAUACGGGGUGUAGUUGGAUAGAAAUCAAGGGUAAAAUUAAUAUAUUCGUUGCCGGAGAUAAAGAGAAUCCAGAGGCUAAAAAGAUUGAAUCUUUGAUGAAUAAUUUGAGAAAUGAAAUGAAGAAAGAUGGAUUUUCGCCUAAUUUAAAGUAUGCGUUGGUUGAUAAAGAUUACAUGGAGAAAGAAGCGGCGGUUUGUGGGCACAGUGAGAGUUUGGCAAUGGGUUUUGGCAUACUGAAGUUGCCACCUGGCAGGACAAUACGGGUGACUAAGAAUUUUAAAGUAUGUGGUGAUUGUCAUGAGAUGGCGAAGUUUAUCUCGAAGAAUAUUGGGAGGGAGAUUGUGUUGAGAGAUUCAAUUAGAUUUCAUCAUUUUAAAGAUGGGUUUUGUUCUUGCAGAAGUUAAGUUGUGUUUUAGAGGAAUAUGUCACACCUUAAUAGUGUACAUGAAGUCAGAAUCUGUAUACAAGGUAGAUUCACUGUAUAGCGUUACAUCCGAGACCAAUCAACCUUCUUACCGCGCUGCAGCCCAGCCUGGUCUAUUUUCAAUCAAAUUACAAACCAUGGGUGCAACUUAGACAAUAGGUUAUUUUGUUCAAAGUCAGAAUUACAAACUAAGCAUGGGAAAGCGGCUCAUCUGACUCAAUCCACAAUCCGGUCUGUUUUCUCCGUUCCAGGCCUUUAUGCUGUGCCUUUUUCCAAUAGAGCAUGUAACGGCGACAUUACUUCACUAGAGUUCAUACAAAACAUGUGUAGGGACCAUUAGAGGUGGAUAAACUUAGUUGAACUGGAUGUCAUUCUGAAAUAGCUCUCAGUAAAAGUGAUAUGGUACUACUUGAAAAAAGGCGCUUGAAAAACAGGAAAAACUUGACAAUGGGCCAAGGACCAGACCGAGUUAGGCUGAUUAUGGGUCGAGCAUUGAACCAGGUUUUGAACUCUGACCUUUUUAAUAGCCCGGGGCCAGGUAGGAACAUGGUCAUUCCUUGUCCAGCAUGUCUUUUAGGAUUGCGGAAGGAACAAGCCUAGCACUGGGCUAGGCAUUGCCUUAAAAAUGACUCAUUUUACAACCCUGAGCAUAAUUAGUUCAAGUCUAUCUACAUUGUCCCUUAAAUUUUAGUAUUGUUAAAUGUGGUACAUAUAGAUGUGGUUCUUAUUAAUGUUGAAUUGUAUGUAUGUAUGUAUGCAAUUAUUUUUGCAAAGUGAA